AUGAGUGAUACCUGCUACGAGAUUGACCCUUCUGGCGAUAUUGUCCUAGUUCUAUCCGCACAGCGACGAGCUUCCCCCAAGACCAGCCCAGCAGAGGGAAUAACAAAAGCAAGACCAGUGGAAUCAACUUCGCCAACAUCUACAAAAGCAGAUACGGACACACCUAUUCAAAACUAUGCGAAAGAGAAACCUCCUAAUUCAGAGGAAACCGCAUCAUCUGCAGUUGAAAUUCCGCGGACCCGAUGCAAAGUCUCGUCGAAACAUCUCUCUUUGGCAUCAAACUACUUCAACAACCAUCUCAAGAAACGUAUCUCUGCAACUAGCACAGCAGACCCGUCAGAGGAAGGCCAUAUACUUGACUGCAAUCCUGAAGAUUUACUGAUUGCCAUGAACAUGAUACACAGUAAAGGCCAGCAGAUCCCUAAGGAGGUGGAUUCGGCAAUGCUUUUUAAAGUUGCUGCUAUGGUCCGCUAUCUCGACUGUCUAGAGGCAUUCUGCGACACAUGGGACAACAGCUUGAAAUGGGUCUAUAUCAGCUGGGCUUCCGAUCGCCCAUCCUUGUUUACAGGCUCCACGAGUGCUGCCAUGUCUCGGAAAUGUUCGUCGUCUACGUACCCUGCCGACCUCAAUCUUCCAGAUCGUUCAAAGGCGACAAGCCAUAUGGAUAGUUCCUCGCUAUGCUCGGUGCAUGAAAGUCUUCAAUCGAAAACGACUCAUUGCACUGCUGGCAAGCCACGCGGUGUAAACGCUGCAUCUCUUCUCACCUUGAAAGCUGCACUCGCGAAAGCAUGCACGGGAGCAGGGCUCGCCUUGCAAAACUACCCAUUGAAUGACUGA